AUGGCACAAGAUAGUCCCGAGGCAGGAGUGAGCAUUGUCCACGCACGAGAGUACCUCGAACAAAAACCUACCCCUGACUCGGCGAUCUGGGGUAAGACGGUACUCUCCAAGUUCCGUGAGAUGAGUGCUGAUGAAUUUGCACCCAAUUUCAAUUGUGCCUGGGCAUAUGAAACGCUUGUCACAGAUCCCACGAGACACAUGCCUUAUCUGAGGAGACAGGUUGAGUCUCUUGGGAGUCGCUUUAUCCGCCAAAGGGUUGAAUCUCUCCAGGAGUUGUAUGAGAUGUUUCCGGAAUCACGAAUAUUUAUUAAUGCAAGCGGAUGGGGCAGUAAAACCCUGACGGAUGUGCAAGAUGACAACUGUUUCCCGGAGCGAGGGCAGAAUGUGUUUCUAGCCACUGAUCAAUGCAACACACUCCACUUCCGAAAUGGCACGGAAUAUACCUAUGUGAUUCCUCGGCCUCUGUCAAACGGGGUGGUCCUCGGUGGAGUGAAGCAACAAGGCAACCUGUCACCUGAAGUCGACAUGAAAAUUGCAAGGGAUGAGAUUGCACGCGCGCAUCGGUUGGCUCCUGAAAUUGUUCCCGAACACCCGGCUGCAGAUAAGGAGGUUUUCCGUCUCGACUCGGAGCAAAAGGGUAGCCGGGUAGUGCUGUCAGCCUAUGGGUUUGGGGGUGGUGGGUAUACCUUUUCCUAUGGGGUUGCAGCUGCGCUGGUCAAGAUGGUGGAGAGGACUGAGCGUGAAAAUGUGAUCUUGUAG